AUGAGUCCAACAGGAUUCUGGACUCAGCUGGUCUUUGCCGGUGUUUUCAACUCUAACCUGAUUGGAAUCGACUAUAAGACGACCACCAUCCUUCUGGACGGGAGGAGAGUCAAGCUGCAGCUCUGGGACACCUCUGGUCAGGGACGAUUCUGCACGAUUUUCAGAUCCUAUUCCAGAGGAGCCCAGGGAGUUAUUCUGGUCUACGACAUCACUAACCGCUGGUCCUUCGAUGGAAUCGACAGGUGGAUCAAAGAGAUCGACGAGCAUGCCCCGGGGGUGCCCAAGAUCCUCGUCGGGAACCGUCUCCACCUGGCCUACAAGCGUCAGGUGACCACGGAGCAGGCGCAGGUGUACGCGGAGAAGCUGGGCGUCACCUUCUUCGAGGUCAGCCCGCUGUGUAACUUCAACAUCACCGAGUCGUUCACGGAGCUCGCUCGCAUCGUCCUGAUGAGACACGGCAUGGAGCGACUGUGGAGGCCCAACAAAGUGUUGAGUCUCCAGGAUCUCUGCUGUCGCUCCAUCGUCUCCUGCACUCCGGUUCACCUGGUUGACAAACUCCCGCUCCCGCUGGCUCUGAAGUCCCACCUCAAGUCCUUCUCCAUGGCCAACGGCCUCAACGCCCGCAUGAUGCACGGACGCUCCUACUCUGUCACCGCCAAUCCUGCUCCGCUCCACAGCGCCACCAAGAGGACCGGAGGGACGCUGCUGAAGAAGCCCAAACUAAUCCGGCCGCCGCCCCUCAGCCCGUCUGCACAGAGCUGCAGAAACAGCUGUAAAAUAGCCUAACAGCUGGAGGCACACAGGGAGGUGUCAGUGAACGCACCGUCACCUGUUUUCACGGUGUAAGGAAAUUUUGACACUACAAGUCAUUUGUUUUGUUAAGUCUGAGAAGAUGGUGACGCCCCAUGAGCAGCACAAAAGGAGGAAGUGCAACAUGACUGUGACGUCAGCAGUUUGACUUCUGUUAACCAGCCUCAGCUUGACAACAACAGCUCUUCGUCAGUCCUUCUGAAAAAGCUCAAACACUAAACUUUCUGGCCAUAUGACUUCCUGCUCUACUGGGCAUCUGAAAACUACGUCAUUAAUUAAUUUCAGCAUCUUAUGAAGAACAAUACAGUUUACAUUUUGAUGUCUAAUUUUCUUUAAACAGUUUCCAGCUUUCUUCACAUUUUCUCCAGCCAUAAACACAGAAAAAGUAAUAUAUCAAUAUCAAAAACAAAAAACAAAUUAAACAAAGAGUUGCAGGAGGAUUAUGUAUGCAUGUUGCAUUCCGCUAAUUUAUUUUCUGUGAGUUUCUAUGAUUUAAACGCUGGUGUGACUGAGCUCUAAAAGAGUUGAUAAUGUUAUUUUAUUAACUCGAUCUCCAAUUGUUCCCAGAAGUUUUAAAUAUGUUGUAUGAGGGAGGUUCAGGUUUCAACCACUGCAUCAUAAAAACAAAACAAUUCUUUAGAUGCAUUCAACAACUACAGCCUCAAUAAGAAUCUGAUGGUGUGACUGUGGCUAAAACCGCAAACACAGAUUUUAUUGUCAGUACAGCAGAAAAUACUCCAAACCUCAGUAUCAAGUUUUAGCUUUUCCACAAAGACAAAUGAGCGAAACCGUCUAUGAGAGAACACAUCGAAACCAUGAACGCUAACUGAGGAUUAUGAACAGCUGAAAGUCAAAGCGGACUUGAACAGCGGACUUUGCUAAAGAAGACCGCUGAUGAACUUUGUAUGGACAAAACAUUCACCUGAAACACUGUUAAAAAAUUGCUGUUUGAUGUGUUUUCCUUUUUCAUGUGUAUUGUUCAACUGUAGAAGACUGUGGCAACAGUUAACGUGUGUUGGUGUCGACACGAAAGAGCAAGGACAAUCUGCCAUCUUUUGAAACCAAUUCAUCAUCAAUUCAUCAGAUGUUGAGAAUAAAGUGAAAAACUGGCGGUUGCAACAAAAAUAAAUGAGAAGAAAGGUGUAAUAUUUUGUUUCUCAAGAUAUAAAAGCAAUUAUAAAGGCAAUGAAGGCAAUACAAAAAUGCAAACAAAAUUGUCAUGAACGCAAAGUUUUUACUUGUCAGAAAAUUAUUAUAUAUUGACAGUCAGAAAAUACUAAAACAUACACAUACUACUCAACUCAAGU